CUCAUCGACUGAUCAAACUCCCGACUGUCUCCUCUUUUCUCCGCUUCCCGUUCCGCGCCUCCCCGCCCCCCAUGGAUUUCUCCGAGCAAGACGUGGACGUAUUCGGCGAAGACUACGGCGACGGUGGAGAGGAGGAGGAGGAGCAGGAGAACAACGACGGAGAGGAGAACGAGGAGCGAGCGAAGGAUGGCGACGACGACGACGAUGAGGAGAGGAGCCGCUCCGGCGACGGCUCGUCCUCGCCUUCUUCGUCGUCCUCCUCCAGCAGCGGCAGCGGCAGCGGCAGCAGCAGCCGCAGCAGCAGCGACGGCGCCGACGCCGACGAGCACGACUCCGCCGCCAACGGCGUCGGCGGAGGUGGCGCCGCCGCCGACGGCGCCGAGGAGGAGGAGGAGGAGGAGGAGGAGGUUGUCGACGAGAAGGACCUCUUCGGCUCCGACAACGAGGAGUACACGAAAACGCCCUCUCGUAGCCUGUUCUUGGUCCCCGUACUGCCCCCUAUUCGCAAUACUAACAAUCAUGCUAGAGGCACCUUUGGACGUGGUAGAUGGCAGCCUGGAUAUUCCAAUGAUAGGGGUCCACCUCUUCUUCCACGGCCAGGAUAUCCACCACGACAAAACUUUGGUUUUGGUUCAAGAUUUCCACAUGCGAAUGGUCGUAAUGAUGAACGCUUUGUUUCUGAAAUGAAGCUUAACAAGAGUGAGGAAACUUUGUCUAGGAAGCCCAUCGCAUUUCAAGAGCCUUGUGAGAUUGGGUGCUAUAGCCGUGUUGAGGGCGGAGAUGUCUGUUUUGAUGAUAGAAGCCUGAGGCUUUUCAAACGUGUUAUUUGUGAGGAGGUUGGUGCAGAUUUAAACAAAGGGUUUGAAUCCUUUAUCGAGAAAAAAGAUUUGGGCUCUGAAGGAUUUGGUGAUCUUCUUGCUUGCAUAAGAAACACAAACAUACCUCUUCAAAACAUACAUUUUGUGACCUAUCGUAACAACCUCAACAAGAUAUUAGCCACUGCAUACAUUAGAAAUGAGCCAUGGAAAAUGGGUGUUCACAAAAGAAAUGGUGUUGUUUAUCUUGAUGUGCAUAAACUCCCUGAGAGACCACAAAGUGAAGCAGAUCGUCGGAGAUGUUAUUGGGGCUAUGCUUUUGAAAACCUAGCCACAGAGAACUCCAGAGAUAUCGACGAAGAAGGAAAGGGUAUUGAUGCAAAUGUAGAGUACUGUUCUGUAAUUAAAACUAAGUUAGGUGCACAUCGAAUUAUUAUGGGUGCUGAGAUGGACUGCUGUGAUUCAACUGAUGAUGGGAGGAGAUUCUAUGUAGAGUUGAAGACAAGCAGAGAGUUGGAGUAUCAUACAGAGGAAAGAUAUGAGAGAGAAAAACUUCUAAAAUUCUGGAUCCAAUCAUUCCUUGCUGGCGUCCCUUACAUUGUCAUUGGAUUUAGGAAUGAUGCCGGCGUACUUGUGCGCACUGAGAGGCUAAGAACUAAAGAUAUAACACAAAGAGUGAAGAUGAAAAACUAUUGGCAGGGGGGCGUGUGCCUGGCUUUCGCUGAUGAGGUCCUCUGUUGGUUGUAUGGGACUGUCAAAGAAAAUGAAGACUAUAUACUGCAGUUUGUUCACCCCUUCCAGCGAUUGGAGCUUCUCCGAGCCCAGUCUUGUCCAGAUGCCAUCACUCACCACAUGGAGCAACUCUCUAAUACCAUGCCCUAAGCAUUUAUAUGUCACUCAUGGAUUGGUGUUUUGUCUUCAAGUAUGCAACAAAUGCAAGCUCAAUCGGAAUAGGGUUGCUCAAGCUGACAAACAGAGUUUAACUGUGUAAUUUAUGAAGUAGAAUAGGCUACAUGUCAAGAUUGUUCCUUCUCCUUGUCUUUUUUUUUUUUUUUCUUUUUCUUUUUUUUUCCUUUUUUCUAUUUUGGUUGACACUGGAGAAGCACCUCAAAAUCUUGCUGGACAACAGAUAUAAAUCUGUGUUCAUGGUAGGACAGAGAAUCUCUUAAGGAGCUCCUUAUAGUGGAAUUUUUGAGGUUGGAUAACCACAUUGUAUAAGUACUCUUAAUCCUUACCCUUGUUCAAGUUAUACUGUUCCAAAAUUUUCUAUUAUUUUUAUAAUAAUUGGUUUCCAUACCCCUCAUAAAUUCUUCUAUGAGAUGCUUCCUCUAAAAUUCUUGUCCAUCAUGAUAGGUUCCAUGAGUAGUAGUACUCUUUGCUGAAAGUUCAAACACGAAAUUUUGUGAGGUGCGGGAUUUAGUAUCUCGUUUGUGUAAAAGUAUGUCUCUUUACUGGAGCAACUUUUUGCUGCUGCUAUAAAUAUGCCUGUGUAAUUUGGUGAA